GGUAUCACGCAAGACAACCCAGAGGUCAAGCAUGGCUUUUGCGACGCCCCGAGGGAGCGAAGAGGCAAUAUUUUAAUUUCUCGGUACUCCGUGUCUGACGGUGUCUCCUCGCGCUUCAUGACCGGCCAGCCCUGUGCAGUAGCGCAACUUUCGAUCCCGAAACCCUGUAAUGCCAUCAUCGUCCUUUUCGCCGCACCAGGCAGAGUGCUAUGCAUCGAGCGCUUCAUCUACCAUAUGCUCUUACCCAAAUUGUGA